UCGCUUGGGAUAAGGGCGUCAUUGUGAGUAGAUCCAUACCUCCCUCGAUAGUUCCGACAUGUGAUAUAAAGAUACAUAUACUAUAAGUCAUGGGCUAUGGGUUAUGGGCCAUAGGUUCUAGUUAAUAUAGGCUUUGUAGGGAGGAAAUAAGGGAAAUGAAUAUAGUAGAGAAACUUGCCUAACUCUUCGAUAGCUUCGCGCCGGCCAGGGAUUCGCCUUCUUAAGUCUCGCUUUCGCCAUAAUAUUCAUACCUGUACAACAUAUCGCUGGAGUCGAGGCUGACUCGCAUCCGCGAUCGCCUAGUCUUGGAAUAUCAGCUCGAGAACAACUCCGGCGCAGAGGCUCCUUCUAGGUGGAGUGCUCUGACGCUGGCCUAUGGUCAUGCCAGAGUGUGAUGGAUUGAUGAGGGUAUUUUGGCCGAUCGACAUUCCCACAUCUGACGCCCCAGGUGUCAUCGUCGGCUGGAGGAAUUCGACCCUAGAUGUUGUCGUCGUAGCCGUCUUAGAUCAUGUCGAUCCAAGAAAUGUCGAUAAUGCGCUGAAGACGGGCAUUCUGCUACGUAGUGCCCCUCAUCCUAUCCCCCGAAUAUUCGAGCUUUGCGGGCAGUCGUCGAUGCAUGUUCUUGGCAUUACAAAUCGCAUUCCCGAUUUCGAACCAGACCCCUCAUGGGUACGAGCCACAACAUGUCCCUCUCAACGAGUCCCUAAGAUCGCCUGCCCGAAAGCGACCAGUAUACAAAUUACUUUGUUUGAGAGGCCAAUUCCGCUUCGGAUGCAAUAUAUCUCGUUAAAUCCUAUUGCACUCUCGCUAGCUGAUAAGGAAGAUCACGCAUUACAUCAUGCAUAUGAUAGUUCUGAGGCAGAAGACGAAAAACAGGAGCAGAGAAACAAGCAAAAGCGGCAUUUGCUAGUUGAUAAACUGAAUAAGCAUUCGGUUAUGAAGCAUGCUCCAUCCCAGAAAGACAAGGCGCUUAGUAGAAUUGUUAAUCAGAUCAACUGGACAUGGGAGUUAGAGCAUUUGCUGCAGAAAAAUGUGCCACUCAUUGGUACCCGUCCUAAGCGCACUCUCAGCGUAUCUGAACGAGUGGUGGAGCAUGCCACAAAUAUGAGGGACUACGUGAUUCUAUGGAUAUGGGAUAUGAUUAUCCUCUACGCGUUUCCCAUAAUCCGCAGGAUUUUCGUGCUUUUUCUCCUUGGCCAUCGGAUUGCUGCCGAAGCCCUGUUGUUGGUAUUAGAGUGGAGAGCUCGGCCGAAUUCACCUGCGCUCAAAGACGUAUCUGCGACAGCCCAGCAGGUGGAAAUACGCCUUCAGCAGUUUUGCUAUUGGCCUAUGCAAUACGUCAAACUUCGACUACGGAAAAACGACUGGGAUAGCGUGACGACUAGCCAUCCAGAUUAUAUACGUUUCUAUAACAGCCUAUGGCUCGUAGCCAAUGACGUUAUCAUGGGCAUCGCUCUUGGCUCGUAUAUCAUCGACAACGCAGAAUGGGUAGCUGAUACGAUUAGCAUGCUCUUAGGGAGGUAUACCAUUGAUGCGUUGCAGAGCAGUAUUUCGUGGCUCAUGGGCUGGCCUGCCGGUCUGAAACUAAACAGCGAAUUGGCAUUAUUCUUGGGCGACCUGUUUCUUUGGGUUAUUGAUUAUUGGUCAAGUUGCAUCCAAACUCUACAACCCCUAUUGCCGCACAUCGUUUGGUUCAUCGGCUUUUCCAGCUUUGGCGGUGCCAGUAUGCCUAUCGCCCUGUUCUCCGAUCUACUCUCGGUGCUCACGAUCCACAUUUAUUCCUUCUACCUGGCCUCGGCAAGGAUAUUCCAUUGGCAACUCACGAUUCUCCUGUCCCUUUUCCAAUUGUUUCGAGGCAAGAAAUAUAAUGUGCUGCGAAAUCGUGUCGAUGCAUGCGACUACGACCUCGAUCAACUUCUCGUCGGUACCAUCUUAUUCACGCUUCUUUUUUUUCUGCUUCCUACUGUUGUGGUCUUCUAUCUCAACUUCGCCCUUGCGCGCAUGGUCAUCAUAUCGUUCAAGGCCAUCUUCGACACAUUGCUUUCCUGUUUGAACCAUUUCCCGCUGUUCGCUUUGAUGCUUAGGGCAAAGGAUCCUAGGCGUCUACCGGGUGGCAUUCGUUUUGAACUUCGAGAUACCCCAGAUAGACAUGUUAUUAAUUCUGCCACAUCGCCCCUACCAAUACCUUCACAACCUACCUCGGUUAUUUACCUAAAGCCUAUCCCUCUUACAUUCGCGGCUAUGUUCCGCCAAUAUUUUCAGAUGGGUAGUCGUAUCCGCAAACACUACUUAUCGCCUCGGGUACUAUUUUGUCUCGUCACUGGCCGAUUUGUCCCCCCUAUUCACCGAAAAGCCCUAUACUCGCUACAAUACAGCAUGCUUCCCGCGCGUAGAGCUGGUAUCAUGGAGAUGUGGGAGGCGUUGAACUCACUGCCGUCUAAGAAGCGACCGGUGAACGUUUAUCCAUACGCAUUCCCACCAACUCCGACGCUUAAUGGAAGGAGGCAUAUGAAUGGACGGGCCGGGAGAGGAUUCUAGUGAAGGAUAGGGAGCUCCAAGGAGAUAUAGGGAUAGCUCCACGGCGUUAGGCAUGUGGAAAAAUAGGAUAGAUGGUAGAUCGGGGUCUAAUGACGGGUUAUGAAUUUCUGUAUAGACGGGUCGAUCCUAGAAAGGGUCUUUGAAUGCGAUCGAUGAUUGUUCCGGUAUAAGACAAGUUGCUAUAUAUAAUAAAACAGUGUCUUAUACAGAGUAUGACUUACCUACUAGGUGG